CUAGAUAUAAUAUUGCGAGGGCAAAGACGUCUAACCAUGUCGUCGCUAAGUCUUGUCGCUGAUGGCCACAUCAGCACGGAAGUUGAGCGCCUCAACAUAUGCUGUUUGGUCGAUAUGAAAAAGGAGAACUGUUGCCAAGCAAGCAGCUUUUCCAGCGGUGUUUGGAAGAACUAUACUUACCACCUGCUGGGUGAGACCAUCAUGGAACUACCGCUGUACAUUAGUAUUUAUGUGGCCAUCUUCAACUGUGUGGUUUUCGUGGUCGGGAUUAUCGGAAACGUCUUAGUGAUCCAGGCGGUUUUGAGGCUGAAGGUGAUGAGGACCCGGAUGAACUAUUUCUUGAUGAGUCUUAGUGUGGCCGAUCUGUUGGUACUCACAGUUUGCCAGCCGUCCGCCAUGAUGGAAUUUUACGGCAAAGAGCGGUGGCUGAUUGGAGAAGCAAUGUGUAAAAUCGUUCCAUUCCUGGAAAACGCGUCUCUCCACUCGUCCAUCCUGACCCUGCUCACUAUCGGCUUCGAGCGCUACUGCGCGAUCUGCUACCCCUUCAGGAAGCAGCGAGAUGGCCACCUGAACAAGACGCGCACCAGCAUCGCCGCCAUCUGGGUGGUCUCCUACGUCCUGUCUCUGCCCUUCAUCUUCAUGACGCUCCAGGAGGACGCCGACUACUACGACGGCAGCACAGUUAAGGUCUGCAGGACUAAGAUGGCGGACCUGCUUCCCAGGAUCUACGUGACAUUCCUCUUCUGCGUGAUGGUCCUGCUUCCGCUGGCUCUGCUCACGUACAUGUACUCGGCCAUCAUCUGGCAGCUGUCCCGCCAGGACUUGGCUGCGGCGUGCCCCGGGGACUACCAGAACAAGAAGAGGAGGCAGGUCGUCAGGAUGAUGGUCUACAUCAUCGUCCUCUUCUUCGUGUGCAUCUUACCCAUCAGGGUGGCGAUCCUCCUCGUCGUGUUCCUCACGCCAGAGACGAUGCAGUCGAUCGGGCUGGAGGCCUACCUGAACGUUCUGUCCUGUGUCAGGAUCAUGAUGUACAUCAACAGUGCAGGGAACCCCAUCAUUUAUGGACUCCUGUCCACCAAGUUCAGGGAGUCUUACAGGAACAGUAUGCCCGAUUGUAACAAACUGAUGUACAGCAAUUCAGAGAGGCAGAACAGUAUCAGAAAUAUCGUGAAGAGGGAUUUUGAGGCUCAAGGCGUGACUGUGCCUUGUGUUAUAGCUUUAGAGUCAUUGCAUGGGACGGGUGUAUAAUGAAACUGGUUUCUAGAGUAGCUGCUUGGAACUGACGUACGGCAUUUGUGAGAGGCAGAACGUUAUUGGAGAUAUCGUGAAGAGAGAUUUUGAGGCUCAAGGCGUGACUGUGCCUUGUGUUAUAGCUUUAGAGUCAUUGCAAGGGACGGGCGUAUAACGAAACUGGUUUCUAGAGUAGCUGCUUGGAACUGACAUACGGCAUUUGUCAGAGGCAGAACGUUAUUGGAAAUAUCGUGAAGAGGGAUUUUGAGGCUCAAGGCGUGACUGUGCCUUGUGUCAUAGCUUUAGAGUCAUUGCAUGGGACGGACGUAUAAUGAAACUGGUUUCUAGUGUAGCUGCUUGGAACUGCCGUACGGCAUUUAUGAGAGGCAGAACAUUAUCAGAAAUACAGUGAAGAGGGAUUUUGAGGCUCAAGGCGUCACUGUGCCUUGUGUCAUAGCUUUAGAGUCAUUGCAUGGGACGGGCGUAUAACGAAACUGGUUUCUAGUGUAGCUGCUUGGAACUGCCGUACGGCAUUUAUGAGAGGCAGAACAUUAUCAGAAAUACCGUGAAGAGGGAUUUUGAGGCUCAAGGCGUCACUGUGCCUUGUGUCAUAGCUUUAGAAUCCUUGCAUGGGACGGUUGUAUAAUGAAAUUGGUUUCUAGAGUAGCUGCUUGGAACAGCAUUUUUGAGAGGCAGAACGUUAUUGGUAUACCGUGAAGACGCGUGACUAGUCCUGUGCUAUGGUUCUAGAGUAUGUGCUGAACUGGUUUCUAAUCGUUUAGGUGUAAGUGUCUAGAAAUAAUAAUUUAAAAAACCCAUGUAGCAAAUAAUGACUAAAUCGUCAUAACCGAUUGCUAUAUAUUACCAUAAUUAAGAAAUUAUUUUAAUGGAGUAAGUGUUUCUUUUUAAAAUAAUUAUGUAAAAACAAUGUGGUGUUUUUACUUUUUGUAAUAUUUUCGUACGAUUUAUGUUCUAGUCAAAGUGUCUACAAACAAAGACGAUCUGAGUUAGUUAUUCUUUACGAAUCUAACUUAGUAUUUAUGUAUUUAAUCUUACUCGUUAAAAGGUACAUAUUAUACCAAAUGGGUAAAUGGUUAACUUUAAAAACUUUAUCGACGCAAUUAUAAGUUAGUUACUGAA